AAUCUCGCACUGUACGUGAAAAAGAAAAACAUGGCUGCGCCCAUGAUUGAAUCAACCUUCAAGUCAUUUAUGUGUCCAAUCAAAGAAUUACGGCUUGAUAAAACACUGGCAUGUGGACAGUCAUUCAGAUGGAAAGAGAAUAUCCCUGGUACUUGGGUUGGGGUAUUAGCAGGACGAGUGUGGAAGCUGAAGCAAAAUGAAAAUGAGAUCUUUUAUACCACUCAGGGUAAUUUUAUGCAACAACAAACCAAGAUAGAAAAACGUCCACCCACCAAAAAGCAUAGAAAAUUAAGUAAAAAGGGGACAACAGAAAAGAUGACAAGAACUGUUGAAGAAAAAUACAUUUGGUGUGAAAAUGUAGGAAACGAAUGUGAUAAUGAAUUAAACAUUUUGAGUGAUUAUUUACAGCUCUCUGUAAAACUCCAAGAUCUCUAUGCACAAUGGUCGCACAAAGACCCAAAUUUUCGGGAGAAAUCGGAAAACUUCCAAGGAGUUAGAAUGCUUCGUCAGCAUCCUGUUGAAAAUUUAUUUUCUUUUAUUUGUUCGUCCAAUAACCAUAUAUCUAGAAUAAGUUCGAUGGUAGAAAAAUUAUGUGAAAAUUAUGGUGAGAAGAUAACAGAAAUAGAUGGCCAGGCUUAUUUUGCUUUCCCAUCCAUAUCAUCACUGGCAGGAGAAGGUGUGGAAGAAAAAUUGAGACAGUUAGGUUUUGGUUAUCGGGCCAAAUACAUCAGUUCAUCAGCUCAUUAUCUCAGUGAAAAUGGUGGAGAAGAUUUUUUAUUUAGUUUGAGAGAAAAGCCAUAUGAAGAAGCAAAGCAGCAAUUAAUGAAACUCAAUGGUGUAGGUGCUAAGGUAGCAGAUUGUGUUUGUUUGAUGUCAAUGGACAAAGCAGGAGCCAUUCCAGUUGACACCCAUGUGUGGCAAAUAGCAUCAAGAGAUUACAUACCAAAAUUAAAACAGUCAAAAUCUCUAACAGAUAAUCUGUAUAAAGAAAUAGGAGAUCAUUUCAGAAGUUUGUGGGGACCAUAUGCUGGAUGGGCACAUUCUGUACUGUUCACUGCUGAUCUUAGGAAAUUCAAAAGAGAAAGUCCAGAUACAGAUUCAAAAAUUAAGGAAAAGGCAAAGAAGAAGAAAGUAAAGUAGCUAUGGUAAUUACUUUUUAGACAUCAGAAGUCUUGUGCCCAUUAGUACAGAUAUCACUGUAGACAAAGAAAGGAUAGUUUUACAAACAUUUUCAUGAUUUAUGAAAGAGAUUUGACAGCAAUGCAAUAUGGAAUAACAUUUUUUAUUUUCUAUUGACUGUUAUAAAUUGUUGAUAAUGAAUUGUUAGAUAUUUUUAACAUUAAAGAUAAAUUUGAUAUUAUCCCAAUGAAA